AUGCUACUGACACUAUCGCUGGGGGAGGCGAUUGGCGCGCGCCAGGCCGGGGGCGGGCGGAGGCCGGGACUGAGUGAGCGGAGAACCAGCGCCACCCCCACCGCGCUCACCGCAGCCCGCCCCGGCCUCCUCCCGGCCGCGCCCCUCCCCCGCCGCCGCGAACGCCUCUCUUUGUUGUCUAAUGCGGGACUGGCAGGCUCGGGACACUUGUGUGUAUCCAUCAGCCGAGGACAACCACUGUCCCCAAGACUCCUCCCUCGGCUGAUUGAGCAGGAAACGCACCCAACUCUGAGGCCAGCGGCCGGGCUUCAAAAGAGCGGUCCAUCCAAAGUCCCGUUACUGCCCCCAAAUAAAGCAUCCCUGGAGCUGACGCUACCACUAGGAGGAGGGUCUUAUAACUGUCCUAGAGGGCGGCCGGAGCCCAGGAGCACAGAAACCGGGGCUCGAGGUCCUGGGCCCACUGUCAGAGUGACUGCUGGGCGCGGGCUGCCCACCUGCGCGGGAGCGCACGCGACACAAAGGACACUCCCGCCCACUUUGCCACUCGAGCGCGCGCCCGCAUUUCUGAGCCCUUUGGUAGCACUUGGCCCAAGUAGCCCCGAAACUGCAGAUGCCAAAACUAGAAGCGGGCUAGCAAGGGCCUCGCUCGCGCUGUCUCCGCCGACCUCUGGAAUGCUCUGCACUCGGGUCCUGCACACGCCCGGCGCGCGGACUGAGACCCGGCGGGCUCCGACACGCGCACGAGCGCCGCGCAGCCACCACAGGGUCAGCGCGCGCCCGCCCGGCCCCUCCCUUCGCCUCCCCACAGUCAGGCAUGCGCAGUGCGCGCAAGGAGCGGCGCGCGCCCCGGCCCCGCCCUCGGUUUGGCCCCGCCCCGCCAGGAGGUGUGCGCUCCAGCCCGGCCGCUCUUUGUGCGCUUCUAGGAUGGGGGUGGCUGCUGUGCGAGGGUGCGAAUGGACCAGCGGGCGGCCACGGCGAGCUGCGCCCCCUCACGGCUCCUCCACCGACCGCCCCGGAGCACGAGCGAAAAGAAAGGCUUUGAGGGGCGGGCCGGAGUAG